AUUCAUGAAGGUUGCUGAUCGGGGCACAAUUGAGCUGCCUGCCGCUAGCGCGCCGACUAAUCCCGGGUGCCGCGUCAUGUCCGCCGUUUUCGUCCUGUCUCACUUUCAUAUGCUGCUGCAGGCUGCCGUCAAGCCACAGUUUUUAGCUAGGCGGGUGGCUACGUAGGUACCUAUAAGUCUGGGGGUUUAGUAAGUGCAAGGGGCUGAUUGGCUUUAACCCCUCCCGCUCAGCCGCCGUCUCCUCCCCUCGGCCUCCCCUCCUUCCUCAAAGGCAACCGCAAAGCAUUGGCCGCUUGUCGACAACAAGAGAGGCACCAGCCAUCCGCAUCUAGCCCAAAAGCUCGGCCAGUCCCUGCACGAACAACUCAACUCGAGAAGCCGUCUUCUCGCAGCACAGCAAACAGAGGACAACAAAACAAUUACAAUGGUGCACUCAGCUGUUGACCUCAACAAUCUCAACUGGCCUGACUACGAUGCCUAUGCGGCGUCGGCGAACCGGCAGUCGGGGUCGCGGCUGUUCAAGGCGCUGCCUGCCGAGGUGCGGCAGCUUAUCUACGUCGAGUGCUGGCGGGCAUCGGGUCUGCGCCAGCACGUCUUCCGCCGCAAGACACCGCUGCCGCCCGUGCUCCGCGAUCGCGAAGGCCGCCUCGUCCGCCCAGAAGUAGACCCCUACCAGGCCGAAGAGGGCCUGUGGACCCGUGCCUCGUGCACCACGGACCCGUGCGCCGACGACGUCCGCUGGCCCAGGUUCUGCCGCGCCCGCCCCGGCCAGUCGGCCGACGCCUCCAUGUGGGCUGCCCGCCUGCGCUCCGACUGGUGUCUGCAUUGGGCCUGCGAGGAGGAAGACACGGGCCACGUCGACCACUACCGCCGGCAGAACCGGCUCAGCAGGAUGCUGCAGCAGGACCUCUUCUGGAACACGCCCGCCGUCCACCGCCACUACGAGAGAGAAAUCGAAGAGGCCCCCCCGUCCGACCCGCCGGCGCGUCGCUGGGCCGGCUUCCUGCCCGUCAUGUUGACGUGCAAGCAGAUGUGCGUCACCCCGUACUUUUCUCUCUGCACAAAGCUGACCCUCGGCACCCAAGGUACCUGGAGUCCGUGGCGUCCAUCUACGCCAACGUGACCUUCGUGUUCACAGACCUGCAGGAGGCGGGCAGCUUCUUGAGCCUGUAUGGGCAGCGGGAGCCGGAGCGCGGCGCGGUGCGGUCCGUCGAGUUGUGCGUUCGUAUCAUUAACGCGUUGACCGAGUUGUAUUUCCCGCCGCGCCCCUCCAGGGCGGCCCCCGGAGCUAUUGCCAACGACAACAACAAUAACGACAACAACA